AUGGAUAAGGAAACAAUUUUGAGGUUGACUAAAGCUGAAUUGACGGAUGAGCUAGCAAAGCUAGGAUUACCGACCAGUGGACUGAAAAGUGAAUUACAAACGAGAUUACUUGAACAUUUGGGACUGGUUGUCGGCGGUGACGAUGACUCGGUCUAUGACGAGGCUGAUGUGUCUAUACGCAGCGUAGUGGGCGAGGUCGGUUCGCAGAGAUCUAUAUUCACGUUAAGGGAUAUAGAAGAUUCUCUUGUUUCAUUUAGUGGUAAUGGGCACCCAACGAUAGAGAAGUGGCUCGAAGUUUUUGAAGAAAACGCGUUAGCUGUAAAUUGGAACAAUUUACAAAAGUUUAUUUAUUCGAAGCAGCUGCUUAAGGGUGCAGCGAAGAUUUUUAUACGAAGCCAGUGUGGUAUAAUUAAUUGGGAAACACUGAAGCGGGCGUUAAUUGACGAAUUUGGGGUUCAGUUUUCCGCAAUUGAAGUGCAUAGGCAACUCAGAAAUCGUCGUAAACGGCAAGGAGAAGACUUGCGAGAAUAUUUGUACUCGCUUAUGGAAAUAGGAAAACCGGUGAAUCUCGAUGAACGCAGCUUAAUAGAAUAUUUUAUUGAGGGAAUACCUGAUACAAAGCUAGGCAAAUGUAAUCUUUAUCAAGCAAAAACAGUGCGCGAGUUAAAAGAGCAGAUGGCGAUCUACGAGAAGAUUAAAAGUGGAAAGCCAACUGCGACGGGGGUAAAUAUGGAAUCGAAAAAGGGCGUUAAUAAUGUUUCUACUGAUGAGCAGGCAGCGGUACCUAGAAAAUGUUAUACAUGUGGCGAAUCUUCUCAUUUGGCAAGGAGUUGCCCACAAAAGUUGAAAUGUUUUAAAUGCAACCAAAUUGGGCAUCGUGCCGCACAGUGUCCAGGCGUAAAACCCGUGGUUAAGUUGGAGAAAAGCAAUGUAAAUGCAAUGGGAAACAAGGGGUUUCAGAAAUCUUGCAUGGGGAACAACCUACUUUUUAAAGAUAUUACACUGAAAGGUUUUGUUUUCUCUAGUCUUAUUGAUACGGGAUGCGAAAUAUGCCUUAUGAGGUACUAUACCUUGCUUAUGAUAGGAGAUAUUGAGCUGAGUAAAGAUAAAAGACAGCUUGUUGGAAUUGGAGAAAGCGAACUUACUACGUUAGGCAGCUUUACACACAGUAUACAGGUAGAUGGAUUGGAAAUAGAGGUAGUUUUCCAUGUAACUCGGGAAGCAGAUAUUAAUCAGGUUGAUUUGUUUGUGGCUAAGGACGAAGUUCAGUUCAGGCGCAAAGGAAGAGGAUUGCCUUUGGAUGAACAAGUGACAAGUCCAGGCCGAGCUAAAAAAGUUAACCUUGAAGAUCACAAUCAAGACAAUGGACUUGCUUUGAUAAAACAGCUUGGAGAUAUUUGUAUGAUGGCAGGAACAGAAAUAAACAGUAAGUCUCAAGUAGAGUUAGCACAUCUACAGCAAGCCUUAGCAGCUAGGGUUACCGAUUUAUUAGACAUGUACAGUCCAGUAAAGGGGGCGAAGUCUCGAGUGGAAAUGAAAAUUUUGUUAACAGACGAACAUCCAGUGUAUGAGCGUCCACGAAGGGUACCGUUUGCGGAUAAACACACAAUAGAAGACCAAGUUACCGAAUGGUUGCGCGAAAAAAUAAUCCAACCAAGUACUUCAGAUUACGCAUCCCCGGUGGUUUUAGUCUCCAAGAAAGAUGGCAGCAAACGAUUGUGCUGCGACUAUCGGCGUCUCAAUGAGAAAAUAGUUAGGGACCAUUUUCCAAUGCCCCUCAUUGAUGACGUGCUCGAUAAGCUGCAGGGAGCUAAAGUUUUUACUACGUUGGACUUAAAAAAUGGUUUUUUCCAUGUGCCGGUUGCAUUAGAUUCUAGAAAAUACACUUCUUUUGCCACACAUAACGGCCAUAAGGAUGAAGUAGAGGGUAUACGGAAGUUAGAAAGUGUACUGCAAGUUGCCGCAAAGAACAAUUUGCGCAUAAAGUGGAGCAAGUGUCAAUUUUUGAAACGAAGGGUCGAUUUCUUAGGGAGAUUUGUAGAAGGGUAUGCAGUAGUAGCGAAACCAUUGUCAGAUCUUUUGUGCAAGGAUAGUAAGUUUAUUUUGCAGGACGAACAGCUGGUGUCAUUUCAGCAACUAAAGAGAGCACUUAUAACAGCGCCUGUGCUAAAAUUGUAUAACCCAAAGACAAUCACAGAAGUGCAUACCGAUGCGUGCAUGAACGGCUAUGGAGCUGUCAUGUUGCAGAAGGAUGUUGAUGACCAAGAGCUCCAUCCUAUUCAAUAUAUGAGUAGAAGAACUAAACCAAAUGAGGAACGGUUUCACUCUUACGAGUUGGAAGCAUUAGCGAUAGUAGAGGCCGUUAAGAAAUGGAGAACUUAUUUAUUAGGCAUUAAGUUCAAAAUCAUUAAAGACUGUAAUGCUUUUGCGUUGACAUUGCGGAAGCGGGAGGUUCCACCAAGAGUUUCUCGUUGGGCAUUGUUGUUACAAGACUAUGAUUAUAGCAUUGAACAUCGAAGUGGUAGCAGAAUGAAACAUGAAGACGCGCUAAGCCGAGUUUCAUGUCUUAUGUUGGAGGACGCAUUAAUUCAUCGGAUUAGACAGGCGCAACUUACAGACGACUGGAUACGAGCGGUCAGAAAAGCAUUAGAGUAA